UUUAUAAUUAAUCGUACUGUAGAAAUUGCAGAUGUAAUCAGAUUUCCCAAUUGAAUCAUUGCUUGAUACUCUAGAUAACGGCGAUAAAAUCAAUUGCAUCAUUGGCUUGAUUGCCAACUUAGAUUAAAUCAAAUCAAAUUAAGUUCAUAACACUUAUUUGAUUAAGAGAAUUAAGGAGGUUAUUCACGUUUAAUUAUGUUAGCUUCGUCUUGUUUCAUAGAUAAUCAAUGAAUUAUUAUGCAACGAAGAGGUCAUCCAUAGUCCUAAAAGGCAAUAGAGUAAAAAUAAGAAGAGCAGAAUCAUCUUUGAUAAACAACUUGAUCUUCAGCUUUUAAAGGGGUCCAUUGCUAAACUAGAAUUAUCAAUAAAAGAAGGAUUCAAGUUACAUUAGGAAUUGCAUACCAAAUUUCUAUUGAUUUAAAAUAUAUGUCUUGUAGAUAAGGAUGAUGACUAAUUUGAGCAUCUAGAUAUUACCAGACUUGUUCAAAUUUAUCAAAGUGAAAUGGAAUAUGUGAAUGAGUAUUUUAACAGGAUAGAAAACAAUCCUAAUAAUUCAAAUAGUUAGUCCUUGUCUAAAUUGAAUCAAUCGUAUUAAGAAAUGCUUCUUGAUGACAAUAUCGUCAUCAUCACACGAUAUGUAUCAUUUUCAAAUUAAAAAUAGUUUUCAAAUUUAAACCGGUUGAUUGAAGAUCUUGAGAAUUUGAAAUAAAAACUCGUUCAAUUUGAGGAAUUCGAAUUGUCAACCAAUUUUGAAAACUCUAGGAACUCAUCCACAAAUGAGAGUAAAUCUUAUCAAUAUAUAAAUAUAGAGCAUUUUCAAAGAAGCAAAUCUUAGACCUAUGAAUUAUCUGAACAGCAGAGGACCAAUGUCUUGAAAGAAAUAACAAAUGAAAUCAAGGAGAAAUCUUCUGAAACAUGUAUAAAUUGUAGUAUAUUUUGAAUUAAUUUAUUGUAUAUUAUAUAUGCCCUAUU